UUCAUUUGAUCUGAGUCGGCGGCGUAUAUUAUUGCAGGCUGAUCUCUAUACAGUCUACCGUGCCCGUUUGCUUGCCUCUGUGUAUCUCUGGCACUGUCACUCGCAUUUAAAAGAGACGCACUGGAAGGCCGAUAUGUUUGAAGAAUGCCCGACAACAAUGUUUUGAUUUGCGAGGUGAUAAAGGGCAUCGUCGUGAGUACUAUAGCGACAAGCAAGUUGGAGCCCAUAGAGCUCAGUAGCAGCGACUACGACCGGAGAGAUCACUAUUUGCUCGAUAGCAAGAGGUCUUUGGACUUCAAGGAUUACGCGCCCAAUGUAUUUAGCUACAUAAGGAAAAAUUUUUUGGGGCUGGACGAGCAAACAUACUUGGAACACUGGGUCAUACCAGAGAAUGUAAAUUUAGUACAGAGUGCCGGAAGAAGUGGAUCUAUGUUUUAUCAAACGCCAGAUAAAGCCUUUUUUUUCAAAACGAUUUUGCAUGCAGAGUUGAAGAUCAUGAUGGGCUUGUUGAAUGAUUAUGUUUAUGAGUAGCACCAAACUUAUCAAGUUGUCUUGCUUCUUGAUCCAAAGCACCUCAAAACCGUCAGCGGGAAUUCGUUUAUUAUGCGCGUAGUGGGUUUACAUCGCCUCACACACAAAAAUCUACGUGUGUGGGUUUUGGUGUUUGCUAAUUCGAUGCCCUAUGGUAUUGUGCUUGACGAUGAGUUGGACUUGAAGGGAAGGAUCCCUAAGAAGGGGAAGAGUUUGAAGGAGCGGGGUCGGUUCACGCCAAAGUCUGUCGCAAAGAAGGACAACGAAUUGGACCGUGGCAUAUUGUUCUUAAGGGACAAGGACAGAAAAAUAUACACAAAUCGCUUGAUCAGAGACGUAAAUUUUUUGCAGUCACACAAUUUGAUGGACUACAGUUUGUUGGUAGGUAUUCAUUACGUGAAGGAAGAGGUGCAACAACAACAGUCCGGCGCAUCGAAGGAUAAUAAAGCUCGACCACAGAAUAAGGAGCGUACUGACACAAAGAGUGGGGUUUCUUACAAGAAGGAGACCAAAACAUAUGACAUUCAGGGUGGCAGAAAAUCUGCAGUUGACGAGUAUGUGUACUCUGUAGAUAGGAUGCUUGAGUUGGGUGGAUUCAUGGGCAUCAAUCCAAAGAACAGUAAGCGGGAAAUUUACUUUUUUGGAAUUAUAGAUUGUCUGACUUCGUUUUCUAUCAAAAAGAAAACGGCGUAUCUCUUCAAGAGCAUUUUGUGGGACAAGAGCACCCUGUCAACUGUCAAUGCCACCUAUUAUGGACACAGAUUCAUCACGUUCAUGACAAAAAACCUGAUAACUGACAAAGAACUGAACUAUCACAUAGACAUUUCCAAUCGUCCACAAAGUGUCGUCUUGGAGGACGAGGACAAUACUUUAGAUGAGCUGAAGUCCACGGUGGAUUCAGGCAUCAUCUCGACGCUCGAAAAGAGUAGGUCCACGCUCGACGAACAGCCUUCCUUGUCGACUUACUUAGACAAACAUUUUUCACAUACUCGAAUGGCAGCAUCAACGAGCGCUUAAUAAAAAAAAAAUUACUUGUCAUGCGC